AUGGACGUGGAACUCUACGUGUACGACCUAUCUCAAGGUCUGGCGAAGAGCAUGUCUCGCCAGUUUCUUGGAAUACAAAUUGAUGCUGUAUACCACACGUCUAUCGUCUUUGGUGGCAUAGAAUACUACUUCGGACAAGGAGUGCAGACAUGUAGAGCGGGAGCGACUCACCACGGCCGGCCGAUGGAGGUUAUUAAGCUGGGACAGACUGCGCUUCCAAUGGAGGUGAUUCUAGAGUACCUAGAAUCUCUGAAAAAGAUAUACACACCCGAAUCAUACGAUCUAUUCGCACAUAACUGCAACAACUUCUCAAACGAUUUUGCAAUGUUCCUUGUUGGCAAGGGAAUACCGGAUCAUAUCACCUCUCUCCCACAAACCGUUCUCAACACGCCCUUUGGGCAAAUGCUCAAACCGCAGAUUGAUGCCGCCAUGCGACCAAUUGUACAGGCACCUACGCCCCAUGCGGGUCAAGUACAACCAUCAAGUGCGAGUGCGUCGAAUGGAAUAGCAAACGGAGCUUCUUCCGGCAGCAUGACUGAACUAGAAAUGAACACGGGCAAAGUCAAUAAUGUUACAUCACUUAGGGACGUAGAUCGCUUACUUGGCCUCGCCAAGGAUCGCUGCGCCAUCAUCUUCUUCACUAGCUCUACAUGCGCUCCUUGCAAGAUUAUGUAUCAGCCAUACGACCAACUCGCAGCGGAAGCAGGGAUGAAGUGUGUGUUCAUCAAGAUCGAUUUUAGCCACGCCGACAGCUCGAUUAGUACCCGAUAUCCUAACGUACGCGCGACUCCAACAUUUAUUACAUAUCUGAAGGGAGAACAACGAGAUGAGUGGAGUGGAGCCGAUCCAAGGCAGCUGCGUAGCAAUAUAGAGAUGUUGCUCAAUUCAGCAUUUCCGCCUCACCCACAUCUGGACAAGAGCACACCUUUGCUCAUGCGACAGAACCAAAGACCUAUCAGAUUUACAAAGGUACCGCCAUUGGAGAAGUUGGUUGCGAAGAUGGGAGAUGCCGGAAACGAUCCUGCAGUGUCAUCUAUUGUCGCUUUUAUCCAAGCCCGUGAGAAGUCCGGAGCGAUUGAAGCACCCUUGACCGAACUCCCAAAGUUUGCGGAUUUCUUGAGAAAAAUCACCUCGGUGCUUCCGACUGAGCUCCUAUUUACUGCGUUGGACCUGCUUAGGAUAGCGCUCACUGACGCUCGUGUCGCCGGCUUUUUCGCAGAGGAGCAUAAAGGCGCAACGGGUACACCAGCGACAGUACACCAUCUACUCGACCAUGUUGACAAACUGGGUGAUAGCGCACCAUAUCCCCUCCGGCUCACCACACUGCACCUAGCGUGCAACCUCUUCAGUUCACAACUCUUCGUACCGCACCUUCUCUCACAGCCGCUUUCGUCAAAUCUCAUUUCCAUCUUGACGACCGCUCUUCUCGAUGAGAAAUAUCCCGCACUCAAAGCCUCGGCCCUUAAUCUAGCAAUGAAUAUCACUUCUUCCAACCACCAGGUGCGGAUGAAGAAGUAUAGCGCCAACCCCUCACACUCCCUGCCCGGGGAGACGGAACUUGAAGAGUCCGAGCAGGUCGAGCUUCUCGCUUCGCUGCUCGAAAACAUAAGUACCGAGGAGGAGUGGAACGACAAUAAGAAGAUGAGCGUGAUUAGUGUUGGGUGGUUAGUAUAUGGCGCUGAUAUGAAUGGCGAGCUGAGAGAUUUGUGGAGAGUCAUGGAUGCGGCAGGUACCAUGGGUAAUGUCCAGGCAAAGGAUGCUGAGGAUCGGCUGCUGGUUAAGGAAGUCAAGAGCUUGUUAGAGGCAUAG